AUGAGGAAUGUAUUCCAUGAGCAAUUUUUGAAGACAGUGCCAGAUUACCAUGUGGUUCAUCCAGCAAGAGUAGAUGCAAGUGGGCAUUUUCUUUCUUUUAAUCUACACCAUCACAUCUCAAGCCCAAGGAAGAAGAGACAUCUUGGAAAAAGUGAAAAUGUGGUAUAUUACAAAAUUAAUCAUGAGGAGAAGGAUCUGUUUUUUAACUUGACUGUCCACAUGGGAUUUCUUUCCCAUAACUACAUAGUAGAAAGGAGACGUGGAAACCACACCAGAGCGAAGAUUUCAACUCGCUCGGGAGUUCCUUGCCACUUCCUUGGCACAGUGUGGCAGCCUGGCUCUGGCAGUGGGACAGCAGCAAUCAGCACUUGCAGUGGCCUGACUGGAUACUUCCAUCUGCCCCAUGGGGAUUACUUCAUUGAACCCAUUAAAAAGCAUCCACACAAGGAGGGAACAUCCCAUCCUCAUAUUAUCUAUGGUGCAAAAAACCUUCAAAAUGCUUUAAGGAGAAGACGAGCCAUCCCGAUGGAAAAGGAACAAGCAUGUGGACUGAAUGAUACCCAGAGCUUUUUCAAACAGCAGCAGCAUUGGAGGGAGAGAUGGGAACAAAACCAUGCAGCUGCCAGAAGGGUUUCUCGGCGCUCUGUCAGCAAGGAGCGAUGGGUGGAGACGCUUGUGGUUGCAGACAGUAAAAUGGUUGAAUAUCAUGGAAGUGACCAUGUGGAGUCAUAUAUCCUCACUAUAAUGAAUAUGGUCACAGGGCUGUUCCAUGAUCCAAGCAUUGGCAAUGCCAUUCACAUUGUGCUGGUCCGGCUCAUCCUCUUUGAGGAGGUGGAGCAAGGCUUGAAGAUAGUGCACCAUGCUGAUAAGACAUUAGCCAGCUUCUGCAAGUGGCAGAAGAGUGUCAAUCCCAAGAGUGAUGUCAACCCCACACACCAUGAUGUGGCUGUCCUUCUUACCAGAAAGGACAUUUGUGCUGGCAUGAACCGUCCCUGUGAAACCUUGGGCCUGUCUCACCUGUCAGGCAUGUGUCAGCCUCACAGGAGCUGCAACAUCAAUGAGGACUCUGGCCUUCCCUUGGCUUUCACUAUUGCUCAUGAACUUGGACACAGUUUUGGAAUCCAGCAUGACGGAAAGGAGAACGACUGUGAGCCUGCUGGAAAGCGCCCGUACAUUAUGUCCCGACAGCUGCAGUAUGAUCCCACUCCACUCACCUGGUCACAGUGCAGCAAGGAGUACAUCACACGGUUCCUCGAUCGUGGUUGGGGAUUCUGUCUGGAUGAUAUCCCUCAAAAAGAAGUUCUGAAGUCCCCAGUCAUUGCUCCUGGUGUGAUCUAUGAUGUGCACCACCAAUGCCAGCUUCAGUAUGGUUCCAAUGCUACAUUCUGUGAAGAUGUGGAUAACCUUUGCCAGACGCUCUGGUGUUCAGUGAAAGGCUCCUGCCGCUCCAAACUGGACGCAGCUGCGGAUGGCACUCGGUGUGGAGAAAACAAGUGGUGCUUCUCUGGUGAGUGCAUUACAGUAGGGAAGACUCCCGAAGCAAUCCAUGGCGAGUGGGGCCUUUGGUCGUCCUGGUCCCAUUGCACAAGGACAUGUGGGGCAGGAGUUCAAAGCGCAGAGCGGCCAUGUGAUAAUCCAGAACCCCAGUUUGGAGGAGACUACUGCACCGGAGAAAGGAAACGCUAUCGCAUGUGUAACAUCAGCCCCUGCCACAAAGACUUGCCAACCUUCCGUCAGAUGCAGUGCAGUGAAUUUGAUACAGUUCCCUACCAGAACGAAUUCUACCACUGGGUUCCCGUUUAUAACACAGCAAACCCCUGUGAGCUCCACUGUCGCCCAGUUGAUGGCCAUUUUUCAGAGAAGAUGCUUGAUGCAGUCACUGAUGGUACUCCUUGCUUUGAAGGAAGACACAGCCGAGAUAUCUGUAUUAAUGGCAUGUGUAAGGCUGUUGGCUGUGAUUAUGAGAUAAAUUCCAAUGCAACAGAAGACCAGUGUGGAGUUUGCCUGGGAGAUGGCUCUGCUUGUCGUACAGUGAAGAUGAUGUUUAAUCAGAGUGAAGGAUUUGGAUAUGUUGACAUUGGGCUAAUUCCAAAAGGUGCAAGGGGAAUCAAAGUCAUGGAAGUUACAGAAUCUGGAAAUUUCCUUGCUGUGCGAAGCAAAGACCCAGAAAAAUACUACCUGAAUGGAGGCUUUAUCAUCCAGUGGAAUGGUGAAUACAAAGUGGCAGGCACAAUAUUUCAGUAUGACAGAACAGGAGAUCUAGAAAAUCUGACUGCUCCAGGACCCACCAAUGAAUCAAUAUGGAUUCAGCUGCUUUUUCAAGAAACUAACCCUGGAAUCGAGUAUGAGUACACUGUACGUAAAGAAGAAAGUAAUGAGAAUGAGAUUGGAGAGCCAGAGUAUUUUUGGCAAUAUGGAGAGUGGACAGCCUGCAGUGUUACCUGUGGAAGAGGCGUGCGGCGGCAGAUCGCCCACUGCGUGUGGAGGGGCAGCGGAGCCAUCAAGAACUCCUUCUGUGACCCAGCAACGCAGCCCAACGGGCGGCAGAAGAAGUGCCACCAGCAGGACUGCCCGCCCAGGUGGUGGGUAGGGGAAUGGCAGAAAUGUUCAACCACGUGUGGCCCAACAGGCCAGAAGAAGAGAACUGUACUUUGCAUCCAGACAGUGGGAUCUGAUGAGCAGGCACUGGAUGUCAUGGAGUGCCAGCACCUGCUUAAACCAAAGACCCAUCUGUCAUGCAACAGAGAUAUCUUGUGCCCGUCCGACUGGACUGUGAGCAACUGGACUGAGUGCACAGUCACUUGUGGUGGUGGAAUAAGGACUCGUAGUGUCACUUGUGCCAAAAAUAAUGAUGAGCCGUGUGAUAGUUCCAAGAGACCAAACUCUAAGGCCCUGUGUGGUCUUCAGCAAUGCCCUCAUGCUGGAAGAUUUCUGAUGCCCCCACAGGCACCCAGAAGAGGCAAGAUCAUAAUCAGAAAAACAACUGCUGAUCCUGAACGGAGUCUUCCUCGCAGAAUACCCAGACCAAACCCCAGGUUCCAUACAACAACAGAAACACCCAAGCAUGAAAGUGUAACUCCCUGUCUGCCUACGUCCUCUGGUUUGGUCAAUGUCUCAGGAAAAGAGGGAGCAGACAACAGGACAUUACAAAAUAAUUCUGCUGAAUCGAGUGAUGUUUACAAUUAUACAAUUGUUUCUACUGAAAAUAGCUCAUAUCAAAAUAGUACUUCAUGGCCUUUUCAUAACAGCUUAAGUACUGAAAUUAUAAGGCAUGCUGAAAACACUUCUAGAAGUGAGCCAGUUUCUACUGCAGAAAGUGAGAUGCAAAGAAGUGAGGAGACUCCUGUUUCCUCUUUUACCAGUAAUCCAGAAAUAACUUCCAGCUAUGACUACUUAACUGAGGAAUCUGACAGCACUGAUUGGCCACUUGGAGCCAGCAAGAAAACAGUUGAUCUCUUUUACAGCACAGAACUCAAUCCUGAAAUCAGGACCAGAAGCACAACCUUGGACACUGCCUCUCCUGUCUCUCAGAAUGAGAGUGUGACUUCUCAGUCCCCACCAGCAUCUCAUCACCCUUCUGUGCCUGCUCCUGUUAGCAGAGCAGCACAAGGGCUGCCUUUUCCAACAGCAGCACACUAUGUCAGCCUGCAAGUUGAUGUGCCUAUUGUAGAGGUAACUACCCCACAAGCACUGGUUACAGAAAUGCCCACAGAGCUUGGUCACCCACCGAGAGACCAGACUGAGAGCAGAGAAGAAAUAAAGCUGCCUGACACCAUAACUACCAGCACACAGUCCUCAGCUCCCAAGCAUGCUCUGAGCAACCAAAGUGCAGCAUCUGAGGGUGCUCUAAUGAAUGUCACAGACAACAGACACGUAAUAACAUCCAACAGUUUGCCCAGUGAUGCCUACUGGAUAGUAGGGAACUGGAGUGAGUGCUCUACGACCUGUGGAAUGGGCGCUUUCUGGAGACAUGUGGAGUGCAGCAGCAGGAACACAUCUCACUGUCAGGACAUGAAAAAGCCUGAUCCUGCAAGGAGGUGUUAUCUCCGCCCAUGUGCUAGCUGGAAAACAGGAAAUUGGAGCAAGUGCUCUGUGAAUUGCAGCGGAGGCUUCAAGACCCGAGACGUUCACUGCAUUGAUGUUCGGGAAAAGCGGCUGCUCAGGCCUUUCCAUUGCCAGCUACUCGGCUAUAAACCACAGUUCAACACUAGUUGUAACACAGAACCUUGCUUGCAAUGGCAUGUGGAGUCCUGGAGUGAGUGUUCGAGGACGUGUGGUGGUGGCCAGCAGGAGCGGCACAUCUCCUGCCCGCGGGAAGGGCACUGUGACUGGACCCAAAGACCUGACACCACUGUGUCGUGUAACAGCCAGCCUUGCACACAGUGGAUUCACCAGGCCUGGAGCCCGUGUUCUGUUUCUUGUGGAGGGGGAAUUCAGCAAAGAACCGUGGAAUGCAUGAAUACAGAAACUAAUGAAACUGAAGAUGACAGUAUGUGCACGGAUAAACCCAAGCCCACAAAACAUCAGAAAUGUAAUCUGCAAGACUGCAGGAAAAAUACAGGGCUGCCCUGCAGCAAAGACCAGCUGUCAGUUCACUUCUGCCAGAGGCUGAAAGGCAUUGGCAAGUGCUUGCUGCCAUCAAUACAGACUCAGUGCUGCUUCACAUGUAGAAUUAGAAGCAAAGCAAGACAUGGAGAUCAGCGAGGCUUCAAACAGCAAAAUUACACUAAAUCUAGAAGAAAACCACCUCAAAACCAAGGGAACAACAACCAAGCAGCUUGGCAGUAGCUGUUUCUUUUCUUGUUUCCUUGAAUAGAGCUUCUGUUUACAGG